AUGACCCAACACAGAGAUGUCUGUACCUCCAUUAAAGCCAUGACCCAACACAGAGAUGUCUGUACCUCCAUUAAAGCAUGGAGACACCCGGCCCAGCCUCCACCAUCCCCUUCAGCUAUUAUGGCCAAUAUUCUCCUACAUUAUUGGAACAUUGGCGUUAUUGGCACAGCCCCCGCGCGCCAGACCCUUCCCUUAACCCGACAAUUAGUUCUAACUUGCAAGUUUACUUUGCAGCCCAAAAAUCUCUAUGUUGAUAUUAAAUAUUUGAAACUUGUGUGUACAUAUGACAGCGAUAGAGGCACAUAUGACAGCGAUAGAGACACAUAUGACAGCGAUAGAGGCACAUAUGACAGCGAUAGAGGCACAUAUGACAGCGAUAGAGGCACAUAUGACAGCGAUAGAGACACAUAUGACAGCGAUAGAGACACAUAUGACAGCGAUAGAGACACAUAUGACAGUGAUAGAGGCACAUAUGACAGCGAUAGAGGCACAUAUGGCAGCGAUAGAGGCACAUAUGACAGCGAUAGAGGCACAUAUGACAGCGAUAGAGACACAUAUGACAGCGAUAGAGACACAUAUGACAGCGAUAGAGGCACAUAUGACAGCGAUAGAGGCACAUAUGACAGCGAUAGAGGCACAUAUGACAGCGAUAGAGACACAUAUGACAGCGAUAGAGGCACAUAUGACAGCGAUAGAGACACAUAUGACAGCGAUAGAGGCACAUAUGACAGCAAUAGAGGCACAUAUGGCAGCAAUAGAGGCACAUAUGACAGCGAUAGAGGCACAUAUGGCAGCGAUAGAGGCACAUAUGACAGCGAUAGAGGCACAUAUGACAGCGAUAGAGGCACAUAUGACAGCGAUAGAGACACAUAUGACAGCGAUAGAGACACAUAUGACAGCGAUAGAGGCACAUAUGACAGCGAUAGAGGCACAUAUGACAGCGAUAGAGGCACAUAUGACAGCGAUAGAGGCACAUAUGACAGCGAUAGAGACACAUAUGACAGCGAUAGAGACACAUAUGACAGCGAUAGAGGCACAUAUGACAGCAAUAGAGGCACAUAUGGCAGCAAUAGAGGCACAUAUGACAGCGAUAGAGGCACAUAUGGCAGCGAUAGAGGCACAUAUGACAGCGAUAGAGGCACAUAUGACAGCGAUAGAGGCACAUAUGACAGCGAUAGAGGCACAUAUGACAGCGAUAGAGACACAUAUGACAGCGAUAGAGACACAUAUGACAGCGAUAGAGGCACAUAUGACAGCGAUAGAGGCACAUAUGACAGCGAUAGAGGCACAUAUGACAGCGAUAGAGGCACAUAUGACAGCGAUAGAGGCACAUAUGGCAGCGAUAUAGACACAUAUGACAGCGAUAGAGACACAUAUGACAGCGAUAGAGGCACAUAUGACAGCGAUAGAGACACAUAUGACAGCGAUAGAGGCACAUAUGACAGCGAUAGAGGCACAUAUGGCAGCGAUAGAGGCACAUAUGGCAGCAAUAGAGGCACAUAUGGCAGCAAUAGAGGCACAUAUGACAGCAAUAGAGGCACAUAUGGCAGCAAUAGAGGCACAUAUGACAGCGAUAGAGGCACAUAUGGCAGCGAUAGAGGCACAUAUGACAGCGAUAGAGGCACAUAUGACAGCGAUAGAGGCACAUAUGGCAGCAAUAGAGGCACAUAUGACAGCGAUAGAGGCACAUAUGGCAGCGAUAGAGGCACAUAUGACAGCGAUAGAGGCACAUAUGACAGCGAUAGAGACACAUAUGACAGCGAUAGAGACACAUAUGACAGCGAUAGAGGCACAUAUGACAGCGAUAGAGGCACAUAUGACAGCGAUAGAGGCACAUAUGACAGCGAUAGAGGCACAUAUGACAGCGAUAGAGGCACAUAUGGCAGCGAUAUAGACACAUAUGACAGCGAUAGAGACACAUAUGACAGCGAUAGAGGCACAUAUGACAGCGAUAGAGACACAUAUGACAGCGAUAGAGGCACAUAUGACAGCGAUAGAGGCACAUAUGGCAGCGAUAGAGGCACAUAUGGCAGCAAUAGAGGCACAUAUGGCAGCAAUAGAGGCACAUAUGACAGCAAUAGAGGCACAUAUGGCAGCAAUAGAGGCACAUAUGACAGCGAUAGAGGCACAUAUGGCAGCGAUAGAGGCACAUAUGACAGCGAUAGAGGCACAUAUGACAGCGAUAGAGGCACAUAUGACAGCGAUAGAGGCACAUAUGACAGCGAUAGAGACACAUAUGACAGCGAUAGAGACACAUAUGACAGCGAUAGAGGCACAUAUGACAGCGAUAGAGGCACAUAUGACAGCGAUAGAGGCACAUAUGGCAGCGAUAGAGGCACAUAUGACAGCGAUAGAGGCACAUAUGGCAGCGAUAUAGACACAUAUGACAGCGAUAGAGUCACAUAUGACAGCGAUAGAGGCACAUAUGACAGCGAUAGAGGCACAUAUGACAGCGAUAGAGGCACAUAUGGCAGCGAUAGAGGCACAUAUGGCAGCAAUAGAGGCACAUAUGGCAGCAAUAGAGGCACAUAUGGCAGCAAUAGAGGCACAUAUGGCAGCGAUAGAGGCACAUAUGGCAGCAAUAGAGGCACAUAUGGCAACAAUAGAGGCACAUAA